AUGAGAAAAUCACAGAAGCCGAUGGCACCACCAUCGCGGAAACGGAAAUCCGGAACAACCGAAGAACUCACAUUCGACGCAACAGCACGACGAGAGUAUCUAACCGGCUUCCACAAACGGAAGCUUCAACGGAUCAAACUCGCCCAAGAGGAGGCCGCCCGCAGGGAAAAAGAAGAGAGGAUCGUUGAGCGCAAAAAGCUCCGGGACUCCCGGAAAGAGGAAUUGGAAUCGCACAUCGCCGAACUACAAUCCCUCUCCCGUAAAGCUGCUGCGCAAGCAAAUGGCGAUACAGAUGGCGACAAUGAUUCCGACUCCUCUGGUGACGAUACUUCUGAUUCUGAGGCGGAAGAGCCGGAAGAGCUGAAUAAGCAGGAGGAGUAUAUCGAUGAAGACAAGUUCACGACUGUGACGAUCGAGGCGAUGGAUAUGGACCCUACAGAAGAGGUAGACAGCGAGACAGAAAGGGCGAACGAGAAGAAGAGGGAGGAUGCAGAGAAAGAGAAAGAGAAGGCAAAGAAGAAAAAGCCGAAGGAGAAAAAGAAGAAGUUUAGGUAUCUGACAAAAACGGAGAGGAAAGCGGAUCGUGUCAAAGUUAGGACGAGGUUGGCAAAGAGGAGGGAAAAGUUUAAGGCAGCGGAUGAAGCAAAGGGAUCCGGGACGAAAGGUAAAGGGAAGAAGAAGAGGUAG